AUGGCAAAAGACUGCUCUGCGAGCUCACGGAAAUUCUCAUGGACUGCGCCCGCCGUGGCUGCCAACAAUUCUACCGAAGUCCAUGAGCUCGUGAGAGAGAUCAGAACUUUAGCCUCACCUCAGUUGCGUCCAGUGGAGAAGGCUGUCCGGGUGUGGAGCUCGGAUGUACGCUGCGAUGCACCAGGACGUGACGAGGAUGCAGAGUAUCUCCAUCCGGAUGAAUCUUCCCAGCCUCCGGGCCAUGGAGCGCUUCACCAACCAGAUGAUCCUGCCAAGCGCGUCCACAUAAUUGACUAUGGGGUCCUCUAUGGCGAUCAGUGGCCGUCGCUCAUCAAGGCGCUGUCCGAGAGAGCCGAGGGGCUGCCACUAUUCAAGAUCACCGGCAUUAACUUCCCGUCCCGUGUCAACCUCGAGAAAACCGGCUGGUCGACUACGUGUGGGAUGCACCUCGAGUUGCACUCCAUCGCCACCGUGGCAUGGGAGUCAGCGCAGCCGAGAUAUCAUCCUUUGGAUGUGGCACGUCUGCGAGGACGGGAUCAUCGACAGCCCCGGAAGCUCUUCUUCGAGAAGAUCCUCAGCUUCAAGCCUGUUAUGUUGUUCCAGUCCGUGGUGCACGCUGACAUAAGCUCUCCAUUUUUUAUCCACCGCUUCGACAGGGCCUGGAGGAGCUUCCUGGCGAGGCUGGAGUCGUUCGAGGAGACGAUGAAGCUCGGGUUGAUCGACCAGUCGCAGCUUGACUUCAUGGAUAUGUGGAGCGCAUCUCCUCGUGCAAAACCUGGGACCGCCUGGCUCGAGAUGGUCAUGUCCAUUUGCGAGAACUUGACUUGCUGA